UCUAGAAUCUAGUUGAAUUAUGAACCGAUAUUAUCAAAAUUUUUGCUCUAUUCAAUUUGACAAUCAAGAAAGAAAAAUUGGUUGAAGUAAGAAGCAUCAAAGUAACCAAUUUAAAGAUAUCAGAGAAGACGAGUGUAUUUCAUUUCUAUGAAGUACAGCGUAUGACAGAAUCAUUAUUUUGUAUCAACCUUUGUUGAAAGAUGGCGGCGUCCACAAACCCAGGAACACAACAGAAAAGUAUUGUCACUACAAAACAGGCAGCUGCUGAUAUAGCAGGUCAUCAUACAGAGAUUGUAGUUAACAACUUCAAGGACCACUUGUUCAUCAUAGCCACCCAAUAUAUGAAGCUUGGAACUGUUGUGCAAGUGACACGAGAUUUGAUUGCUGAUGAAGUACAAGGAAGCUGCCCCAUGUUCUCAACAAAUGUUUUGCUUGGAAAGGAUGAGCCUCUCACCCAUGUGAUGGCCAAGACAAUAGUGGCUGCCCUCAACCCAUCGAAGGACGUGAUUCUCUCUCUAGCCUUGAAAGACACGACACCAGACACGGUGCACGCCGUGACCGACUUGAUCAAAACUUGUUUGAGAUAGAAAGAAUUUGUGUCAGCUGAGAAAUGUGAAUGAAAAAGAGAGGUUUUGAAAGGCUGAAACAUG